UUCUACCCUGUAAGUCCCGCCCUCAUAUUCAGGUCCUCAGGCUUGGCUGCAAGCUGCCUUACUAAACCAGCUUGCCUCAAAUUGUAUUUUGAAGUAAUAAUUGAGAGAAAGGAGAACGGUGGGAGUGUUUAGAUGCUUAAACCCUAAACUUGCCGAGUGGCAUUUAAAAAUUAAGAGUUAGGGCAGUUUUUGUCAGAAAAAAAUUUCGCCAUCACCGACGUUUGGAAUAUUGGAAGCCAGUACUAGAUAACGGGUAGGAGAGAUCCCCAGCUUCAGGAAGGGAUGUGUGUUUGGGAGCUGGGGUCUUCUGCUUCUCUCUAGCAGUUGGGGACCAGCAGGACUGUCAUGUAUCUUCCUGACAUGUGCCCUCAAGAGGUGUACAAAUGAAACGGCUGCAGCUUUAGAGUCAAACAUGCCUAUUUCCGCUUUGAGAGAAGUCCAUUAGAAUGCCAAGCCUUUUGACUGCACCCAGCAUUCCUUACGUGCAGUGCAGUCACACUUUCUUGGCUACAUUCCUGCCCAUUUUGUUACUGGACUAUUCUGUUCUUGUAUCAUUUGACUGAAGAAGGACAACAGGGUUGAAGUUUGAGGACUGACAGAUUCUGAACCCAGGCUUCCUCAGCCCCCAGGAAGCCUCAUGGAACCAAAGGCCCCAUGCCCAGCUGCCGUACCCUCAGUGGAGAGGAAGUUCCAUGUUCUUGUGGGUGUCACUGGAAGCGUUGCUGCUCUGAAGCUGCCCCUUCUGGUAUCAAAGCUUUUGGACAUUCCUGGGCUGGAAGUCACAGUGGUAACAACGGAGAGAGCCAAACAUUUCUACAGCCCUCAGGAUGUCCCUGUCCCCCUCUACAGUGACGCUGAUGAAUGGGAGAUGUGGAAGCGCCGUUCUGACCCGGUUCUCCACAUUGACCUGCGGAGGUGGGCUGACCUCAUGCUAGUGGCUCCCCUCGAUGCCAACACUCUGGGGAAGGUGGCCAGCGGCAUCUGUGACAAUUUACUUACCUGUGUCAUCCGGGCCUGGGACCUCAACAAGCCCCUGCUCUUCUGCCCUGCCAUGAACACUGCCAUGUGGGAGCACCCUCUCACUGCCCAGCAGCUGGGCCAGCUCAAGGCCUUUGGCUACGUGGAGAUUCCCUGCGUGAGCAAGAAGCUGGUGUGUGGAGACCACGGUCGAGGAGCCAUGGCUGAAGUGGAGACCAUUGUGGCUAAGGUGCAGGACGUGCUUUCCCAGCAUGGUAGCGUCCAGCAGAGUUGACCUGGGAUUUCAGCCGUGAUGCCCCUGCACCCAGCCGAGUUCAGCCUGAGCUGUUGAAGAAGGAUAUCAGCACAGUAUAAAGAGCUUGUGCUUGCUGACGAGGGGCUAGCCUGUACCUUCUUGGAAUUUCUCUUCAGUCUAACCCUCUUCAAGCGACACAGAACCACAGACCCAGGUCCUACCUUCUUUCAACCAGGAAAUACCUGCUUCUUGGAGGCACUCCCAUUUCUUUCUGGGAUAGCCCUAAUAGACGAGGCAAGCACACUGCUCACUGGAAGGGUAAUCGAAUGACUGAGGGACCUUUUGCCUGGGAAUUGCUUUUCAGCACACCAUGGCUGAAACUGGGCAUGGAGGCUCACAUCUGAAAUCCUAGCACUCAGAAGGCUGAGGCGGGAUAGCUACAACUUUGAAGUUGGCUUGUGCUGCAUAUUGAGCCAAGCCUGUGAGUGUGAUAGCCUAUUUCAAAGCAUCCUGUCUGUGGCCUCAGAGGUCAGGGGCAUGGCCAUGUGAGGCCAGAGAAGCUUCCAGCCUGACGACUGACUGACUGACUGACUGACCAGCAUGCCCACAUUCCUGUUCAGUCUCAAAGCUGACAGCUCAGAUUCAAUAAGAUUCUCAAUCCUUCUAUUUUCCUGCUCCGGACCUUGACUGACCGUAAGAGAGCUGCUGAGAAGAUUAAGUGAAGUAUAUGUGAAAAGUGCAUUGGUCUCUUACACCCCCAGGGGAUACAAGCAUGGUUCCCAGCAGAUGCCUGAAGCCAAAACUCUAUACAUUAUAUAAGCUUCCUUUACAUAAACUGUGACAAAUUUUAUUUUAUAAAUUAGGCCCAGUAAGAGAUCAGCAACAAUAACAAAAUAGAACAGUUAUUCACUUUGUUCUGUAAUAAAUUAUUUUCCAUGCUGAAAAAAAAUAGAACAAGCCAGGCAAUGGUGGUGCACGCUCAAAAAACCAAAAAAAAAAGAAAAAAAAA